AUGGAUGACUUUUACGUUCGUUACUACGUGGGGCACAAAGGGCGUUUCGGUCACGAGUUCUUGGAGUACGAGUUCAGACCAGACGGCAAGCUGCGGUACGCGAAUAACUCAAACUACAAGAACGACACGUGCAUUCGCAAGGAACUGACGGUGUCCAAGGAGGUGCUGAAGGAGGUGGCACGAAUCGUUAGAGAGAGCGAAGUGAUGAAGGGAGACGAUAAAAAUUGGCCUGAGCCUGAUCGCGAGGGACGACAGGAGCUGACGAUUGUGUUCGGCGACGAACAUAUUGAGUUUGUGACAUCAAAAAUUGGAUCGCUGUUGGACGUGCAAAACAGCAAGGAUCCAGACGGGUUCAGGAAGUUUUAUUACUUGGUACAGGAUCUCAAGUGUAUGGUGUUGUCGCUCAUCACGCUGCACAUGAAAAUCAAACCCAUCUGA